GCAACAGCUCUUGGGAAACAAAAACACAGCUACUGUUUAUUCUCCUGGAGCUGGCUGUACACCCCAACAAGGAAGGGAGGGCCUGCUGAGCCUCCUGUCUGGACGACACGCGCCAAGGAGGAGUAUAAAAGCCCCAGAAACCCGAUCACCUCACUCACUCCCUCACCCACUCCCUCCCAUCUCACCCAGCCCAACCCCCAGCACUGCAGCAUCCACCAUGUCCGUCUGCUCCAGCGACCUGAGCUACAGCAGCCGCAUCUGCCUUCCUGGUUCCCGUAACUCUUGCUCUGACUCCUGGCAGGUGGACGACUGCCCAGAGAGCUGCUGCGAGCCCCCCUGCUGCGCCUCCAGCUGCUGCGCCCCAGCCCCCUGCCUGACCCUGGUCUGCACCCCAGUGAGCUGUGUGUCCAGCCCCUGCUGCCAGGCGGCCUGUGAGCUCAGCCCCUGUCAAUCAGGCUGCACCAGCUCCUGCACGUCCUCGUGCUGCCAGCAGUCUAGCUGCCAGCCGGCUGGCUGCACCUCCUCCCCCUGCCAGCAGGCCUGCUGCAUGCCCAUCUGCUGCAAGCCUGUGUGCUGCAAGCCUGUCUGCUGUGUGCCCGUCUGCUCUGGGGCUUCCUCUCUGUGCUGCCAGCAGUCUAGCUGCCAGCCAGCUUGCUGCACCUCCUCCCAAAGCCAGCAGGCCUGCUGUGUGCCUGUCUGCUGCAAGCCUGUGAGCUGCGUGCCUGUUUGCUCUGGGGCUUCCACUUCAUGCUGCCAGCAGUCUAGCUGCCAGCCAGCUUGCUGCACCACCUCCUGCUGCAGACCCUCCUCCUCCGUGUCCCUCCUCUGCCGCCCCGUGUGCAGGCCCGCCUGCUGCAUGCCCGUCCCCUCCUGCUGUGCCCCCACCUCCUCCUGCCAGUCCAGCUGCUGCCGCCCGGCCUCCUGCUUGUCCCUCUUCUGCGGCCCUGUGUGCUCAGGUCAGAAGCCCAGCUGCUGAUGGACACACCCCCCAGUGCCAGCCAGGCUCAGCUCCCACCUGGAAGCUGAUAGUCACGUCCUGAAUUGCUCCUGCACUUUGACCAUUUCCCGGUGUCUGCUAUUGAGCUGGACAAUGGAAGAACUGAAUGUCUAUACUCAAUGCUGCAGCCCUUUUGUGGGGUGGGGGGUGCUUCUAGAAAGUUCCCAUGGCAGUGGCCUCCCCUCCAUAUCUCCUACUUCUCAUGAGGGUCAGCUCAGCCUUGACCCGUGAGGUCUCUGUCCUCCUGGCUCAGAGCCCCAGAGCCUUCUUUGGAGGCCCUCAAACUGACCAAUAAAGGCCCUGAGACUGCAAUGGCGCUG